AUGAGGGGAGAAAGGAGCUCUCCUUUUAAAGUCACCUCUCGCGAAGCCGAACCACGAGGUCUCGAUAUUUCUCCUCUUCUCCCAAACCCCCUUGAGAAAGAAAUUGACUUUUGUUUGGAGUUUGUGAAAAGUGGGAAUCAGGAGAACGACAAUGGGGCUCCCCAUGGAGAGGACCCAAGUGAAGCCAUCUCAAAUCAAACGCUUAUUUCUCAUGUCACUGAUCGUUACAUCACUACAGCCGUGCAGCACGAGAGAGGACCGAGGACUUCAACCAUUCGAAAGCAGGUGGCACUGUAUUUCCGAGGGCAUAAAGAGGUGAACGGUUCGUCGACCCAUUUCCCAUCCACGUCUAUCCCGGGGCCGCCGUUUUUCACUACAGUCACGCAGCUGGAGCCUCACAAUCUGGAGUUAAACACGAUCACAAGCACACCGGAACGGCAGGCAAUUGUGGGACUCGCCCAACCCACACCGAAGUAUCCUCAUGAAGUUAGCGGCACUCCCAUGUACCUGUAUGAAGUGGCGACCGAGUCUGUGUGCGAAUCAGCCGCGCGCCUGCUCUUCAUGAGCAUUAAAUGGGCCAAGAGCGUUCCGGCCUUCUCCACACUGCCUCUACCGGACCAGUUGAGCCUUUUAGGAGACGCCUGGAGGGAACUGUUCGUGCUGGGCAUAGCGCAAUGGGCCAUUCCAGUGGACUCCAGCACUCUCCUAGCUGUUUCAGGAAUGAACACCGAGAACACAGAUUCACAGAGGCUAAACAAAAUCAUCGCAGAGAUCCAGGCGCUGCAGGAGGUCGUGACGCGCUUCAGACAGUUAAGACUGGACGCUACGGAGUUCGCUUGCCUUAAGUGCAUCGUCACCUUUAAAGCGGUUUCAACACACAGUGGUUCUGAAUUGAGGAGCUUUCGCAACGCCAGUGCCAUUGCCGCCCUUCAGGACGAAGCCCAGCUGACUCUAAACAGUUACAUCCACACCAGGUACCCCACUCAGCCGUGUCGCUUUGGGAAACUGCUGUUGCUCUUGCCUGCUCUACGUUCAGUUGGUCAAUCCACCAUUGAAGAGGUGUUCUUCAAAAAGACCAUCGGAAACGUGCCCAUCACACGACUGCUCUCCGACAUGUACAAAUCCAGUGAUAUAUGAGCUACUGAGAGAGGGAAAAGAAACAACAAAAUGUAUCUUUGACCUUGACAUUCGCAUGGACGCUGGGACGCUGUGGAUACCAGAUACCCUAAUGUGAUACUUCACGCACUUGUUUGGAGAAUAAAGCUCUACCAAUGUCAAGAUGUUACUAUGCAGGGAAACUAUAAAACAAACAAGACUGAAUCUCUACAAGUUGAACUUACUGCUUAGAAAGAAAAAUGAACGUUUAACCAGUACUUUUCUAAUUGAUUUACUUUUAAUCUAUUUAAGUUCGUUUAUGGAAGUAACUUAAUAAGCUUAAUCUGUUCUUGUUCUAUCAUGAUUUAAAUACAAUAUUAUUAGUUGGUAGUCAUAUAUUUGAAUGGCGUGUCCGUGAGGUUAUGUACAAUCAUUCAUUUCAAAACGGGACGUUUUGUGUCCAUUUGACCAAUACCUUUAUGACCAAUGCUGUUUUGAUUUCAGCACCACUAUCAUUCGUUUGUCCACAAGAACUUUGAAGGAAACCAAAAAAUAAUAAAAAAAAAAGAAACCAUGAGGUAUGUUGCAGGGAAGUAGGUCGCUGUCCAUUUGACAUAGUGCUGAAAACCAAAGGCCCAUGAGUCAGAACUGCAGAGCAAGUUCAUUCCUGUUUUAACUUCUAGCAGAAGCUCCAACUUUAAUCAAAACACUUGAACCAGCUCAUCAGGUUUACUUGAAAUGUACACUGAAAGGCUGGAAUUAAACUCUGCAGGAAGGCAGCAGGACUGAUCAUUACUGACUUGAUGCAUCACAUAAUUACCUAUUGAGGUGACUGGGAGGCCGCAGCACCCACACCCUGUGACCUUAACAGAAGAUUAGGGUUCAUGGGCAGGGCAUUUGAAAUCCUCUGGAUACAGUUCUGUCAGCAUUGUGAGUUUUCUGUGCGCCCACUCUAUAAAACAUAAUUUUACUGAUGUUUAAAAAGCUGUUUCUGCUCAAUACGUGGCCCAUGUCAGAGGUCACCAUCUAAAGCGCCUUUGUUUGACUAGCUAC